UCCAGAAGUUCCACAGGAAGAAAGGGAUCAUGUUUCAGCAACUAAAGACACGGUUGCUUUCACUGUUGAGAAUUUCAUCCUACCUUCAAUGACGUAGUAUUCAUGUUAUAUACGAUAUGGUUACUCACGAAAUCAAAUCAGGAACUUGGAAUUAUACCAUCAGUAUACACAAAUACGCAACGUCUUUGGCAUACGCUGACUUCAAGAGGAGAACAUUGAUGCCUUUAACGUGUCUAAAACAUUCAGUAUGCCUCCAAACGGGGUACUUUUCGUCCUUGUCAUCUACCUAGUGACGGACUGUACUCUUGGGACGCUACAGUUGUCUGCGAACGUCCCAGAAAACGCUCAAGUUGGAGAAAUCGUCACCAGUGUUCGGUCCGCGAUAGGGGAAGGUUGGGAGGAAGUAAGGUGUGAAAUUGUCGCCGGUAAUAGGAACAUACGCUUCCUUGUGACCGACUGCGUGAUCCACGUGGCCCGUCCGUUGGACUACGGCGUCGAACCGAGCUAUAACCUCACGGUAAACGUCACCGGGUACUCCGGAAACCCCGAGCAGCUGUAUGUUGAUGUACAAGUCCAAAACGUGGGGGGAUACCCGCCUGUUUACAACGACACGUGCGAAAUGCCAGUGCGGACAGAAAAGGGGAAGUCAAACCUGUCCUUUGACAUAAAAUUGACAAUGGAGGCAGUGGGGGAGGAAGCUGGGGUGGUCUCUGUGUCAAAAAAUGUUGAUUUCCGUCGAAAACCUAAACCAUUUUCAUUUUCCGAGUUUUACGUCACAGGUAACAGUGAUUGUGUGUUGAAGGCAACAUGGGGCCCUGGCCAUUAUGCCGACAUUAGAACUGUGGAGAGUCUCUGGCAGGGAAACCUAACGUGCCUCUAUUGUUACGGCCCACCAGAUGACGCGUCUGUCCUCGUAGUAGUGAUCUUUGACGGCAGAAGACACACUAAGUGUGAUAUUGUACAUUAUGAUCGUCUAUUUCUACCUGCAAUUGAUAGUCACUUUAUAGUUACCCUGUCAGCCGAUGUAAGUGGAAACAAACGACAACAUUUUAGGUGCGAACUACCUGAGAAAAUAUCCGUGGUCGCUGGGAAAGAUGCAACACAAUUUGAAGUGAACUUGUUGGAAUUUGAUGUCGAGCCAGUCGGAUGUCCCCCUAACAAGUACGGUCUGUUGUGUGACCAGAACUGCACCUGUGAGAACGGUGCCCGCUGCCAUGGGCUGAACGGGGCCUGCAAGUGUCAGCCUGGAUGGCAGGGUGUCGUCUGUGACAUACCUCACAGUACAGUGGUCAUCAUCGCGACCCCUAGCGACUCGCGACAGAUUUACAUCUCCGGUUCUGUAACGCUGCACUGCAGGGUUUUCCAUCUGGCUGCUGACAGGAUGAUGUGGACAUUUCCUAAUAAAACGGAAAAGUGGCUGCAGGGCGCUCAGGAAGAUCGUGUAAGGAUCCACAACAUACAGUCCGAACACAACGGUACCUACACCUGUACUGUGUUAACGGGAGAUGGGGCGGUCGUUAACGCAAGUUAUGAGCUUCAGGCCGUCGCUUGUCCUCCCGGAAAAACGGGUGAAUCGUGCGAAGAGGAGUGCGUCUGUAGCCAUGGUGGCAGCUGUGACCGGUGGGCCGGCUGUGUGUGUCCGCCGGGAUGGACAGGAACCACGUGUCAGACCUCCUGCCAAGUUGGCAGCUACGGACAGGGUUGCAGCAGGCGGUGUCGGUGUCAGCAUGACGCCACCUGCUCCCCUACCGACGGCCGGUGUAACUGCACGGAGGGCUGGUUCGGCAGUAACUGCAGCAGGCCCUGUCCCGCAGGUCUGUACGGAAGGAAAUGUCGGCAUGCUUGUGCCUGUAAGAACAGCGCCACGUGCCACAACGUGGACGGGACCUGCACCUGCGUGUCACCCUGGACUGGUAAGUUCUGUGACGUCAUCGAAACGGACACAGACUCGAACACAUUCCCGUUGUCUCUCCAGAUUGUCAUACUGAUUGUUGCUGCACUAGUAUUGCUAAUACUCUACAAACGACAGAUGGCUAAACAUGGGGCGCAAGAAGAGCCUUUAGAGGAAACCAGAGUUCUACUAGAGCUGAGAAACAUGGAAGAUGACCUGGCACAGAGUUUGCAGCCCGGCUGGCUCAACCGGUGGGAGAGGAACGCCGACGAUCUGACUCUGGACGAACUGGUCGGACUGGGCGCGUCCGCACAGAUCAGGAGAGGACGGCUUCGAACGGCUGACGCUGACGUCACGGUGGCGGUCAAGUCCGUCCGCAUAGAGGACAGGCGGUGCUACCGAGCCUUCUGCCGGGAAGUCGCCGCGCUGAUAGCCGUGCACGAAAACGGUGAGGAAGAAAAUGGCGGACAUCCAAACAUCGUCAAGCUCUUUGGGGUUGUCACGACGUCCACACCGAAGUGUAUUCUCCUGGAAUUUGCUGCCAAAGGCGAACUUUUGCUCAUUCUGAAACAACAACCUCGGCUGAAUGGUUCUCUUGGCAGGUUUGCCCGCUAUGCCGUCCAGAUAUCCCGUGCCCUGGAGGAGCUCCGACGUCUGCGUAUCGCUCACGGUGACGUGGCCGCCCGAAACGUCCUGGUCAGCUGCGAUGACGUCGCCAAACUUGCUGACUUCGGUCUGGCUCAUGACGUCUACGCCGAGACUACCUACGUGUCCUCAGGCAAUGACGACGUCGACGAACUUCUGCCCCUGAAGUGGAUGGCUCUGGAGUCGCUGGAGUCUCGCGAGUUCACGUGCGAGAGCGACACGUGGUCGUUCGGCGUGCUGUUGUGGGAGAUCGCCGCCUUCGGGGAGGAGCCCAGCUACCAGCGCCAGCGCCAACUGAGUUGUCCCAAGUUGGUGGGGCUCCUGAGGCAGGGGGUCCGUCUGGACAGGCCGCCCGGAUGUCCGGACAAGCUGUAUGACGUCAUGAAGUCGUGUUGGCGGGAGGAGCCGUCGGCAAGACCAGAGCCGGCAGAACUGGAGCAGAGGCUGGCGGAAUGUGGCCAAGAGAUGGACGCACUUCUGGUUGUGGAGAAGGAAACUUCUGUAUAG